AUGAUCUUUGUAAAACCUAUUUUAUUAUUAUAUCUUAUAAGUCUAUUUCUUAAUAAUUUGAAUACAUACUGUAAUUUUUUAAAAUUGAAAAAAAAAAAAAAUAUCGAUUUAUUAUAUAAAUUAAGUAAAAUAAAUGAGAAUAAAAAUGUCGUUAUUAAAAAGAAGCGCUCUGUUUCUCCUUUAUACUUUAUAAAAGUAUAUCCUUUAUUUUAUAAAAACAAAAUAGCCUUUCAAAAUGUAAACCAUAAUUAUGUUUAUACGUUAAAAGGUAUGGAAAGAAAUAAAUGGCGGAUGCACGACGAAAAAGAAGUAAUAGAAAAUGAAGAAAAUGUUUAUAAUAACUCUAAUAAGGACUUUUUAGGUUUGGAUUGUGAUUCAAAAAAUAUUGUGGAAAAUAUGAAUAACAUAGAAUAUAAGAAAGAUAAUAAUAAAAAAGAAAAUAAUAAUGAUGAUAAUAAUAAUAAUGAUAACAUUAGUAAUAAGGGUAAGAAAAGGAUAAUUGAAAAAGAUAUGUAUGGGAUACCUAAAGAAAAAUUAAAUAUAAAAAGACAAACAAACAAAAAUAUAAAAUCAAAAUAUACUUAUUGUAAAAUAAAAACAUACAAUGAAACAAUAAAUAUAAAUUAUAGAAAGAAGAAGAUUUUAAGUAUCCUUGAAGGUACUCUUAAAAAUAAAAAGCUAUAUUCACCAGAUACAUAUACAAGACCUAUGAUGAGUAAAGUAAAAGAAUCUAUAUUCAGUGUAUUAACACAUUUAAAUAUAUUUAAUGGAUAUAAUAUAAAUGUAUUAGAUGUAUUUACUGGUAGUGGUAAUUUAGGAAUCGAAUGUAUAUCAAGAGAUGUAGAGAAUGUAACUUUUGUCGAUCUAUCAUUGAAUUCAUGUAGAACAGUAUAUGAAAAUUUAAAAUUGUGUAAUAUAUAUGAUACGAAUAAAAAAAUACUUAGAGCAGAUGCUAUGGAAUUAUUACAAAAUCCUUAUAAAUUUAAUGUACAUGAAAAAUAUAAUUUAGGAUUCUUUACACCACCAUAUGAACAAAUUAUAUAUAGUGAUUUAAUUCACAAUAUAUCAAACAGUAAAUUAUUUGAUAAUGAUGGUCUUAUAUUUAUUGAAUAUCCUAAAGAAAUUAAUCUCCUCCCGAAAAAAGUAGGAAACUUAAUUGGAUUAAGAAAUAGAAAAUUUGGAAGAACCUAUUACGCUCUUUAUGUUAUUAACAGUACAGGUAAAUAUAUUCCUUAUCAAAAUGAAAAUGAAUUUUACCCGCUUCAUUAUAAUAGGAAACAAAGGAGGCAAGAAAAAUAUAUAGAAUGA